GCGCACACGCACACGGACGGUAUUGGUGAGCACUCACACGCGCGCGCGAAAGCUCACGGCAGCCAGUGCCUUCUACAGUCGUCGACGACGCCGCCGCCGCUGGCAAAAAAUAAAUUUUAAUUUAAAAAAAAUUCUCGUCCGGUAUCAUCUCACAUUGUCGUCGUUGUAAUAAUAUAGCGUAUUACACAACGACGGUCCGGUACAACCAUAAUAAUAUAAUAUACGUCAACCACACACGUACGCGUAUAUAUAGGUAUCACGGAGAAAAGUCUGCACCUGCGGCCGAAAAGGAACUUCGUAGUGUGCCUAUUUUACGCGAAGCGCAAGUCUUGAGACGUGACUACGUUGCAGUCGAGUCGCCACUGCUGCACUCACAGCAAGCAUAUUACAUAUUUCAUUAAAUAUUAUAAUAACAAUAUAUAAUAUAUAGGCAUCAGUCGUCGUCGCACGACUAGCACAUUUGCGUACAGCAGCGACCGUCGUCGAGUCGUUGUCAUUCCGAUCGCUUUACCGACAAAAUGGCUGAUGGAACAGGCGCUGGACUUACCGCAGGAGAUGACACAGUAGUUGGAGGCCCAAAGACACCACAGCAAAUCGCGGCGCAAAAGCGAUUGCAACAAACACAAGCACAAGUCGAUGAGGUGGUGGAUAUUAUGAAGACGAACGUGAUGAAGGUACUGGACAGGGAUCAAAAACUCUCCGAACUGGAUGAUAGAGCAGAUGCAUUACAACAAGGGGCAUCGCAAUUUGAACAACAGGCUGGAAAACUAAAGAGGAAAUUUUGGCUACAAAAUUUAAAGAUGAUGAUCAUAAUGGGAGUUAUUGGUCUCGUUAUAUUAGCCAUUAUAGUUGCUUGGUUUUCGGAUGAAUAAAGCUAGGUAACAAACUUUGAUGCGAGCCACCACACACAGUGAUCAUCGUUACAACCGUCAAAAACGUGACUCUUUAAAUGAUAAAAGAAACUGAAGGUGCAUUAAAAUUAAAAUAAAAACUUAUAGGUAUAUAUAUAAAAUAAAUAUUAUAUAUACAAUCUACAUAUAUAUACUAAAACUACAUAAAUAUCGCUUUGAAUAACUGCCCCUGCCAAAAAAAAAAUAAAUAAAUAAAUAAAAAAUACUAUCGUAAUAGGUACCUACUCAUUUAAAAUGAUUUUGUUAUACUGCAGACACACAAAUUUACAUGUCAUACACGUACAUCCAUAUACGGCUAUAUCUACAAUAAAAUAAAUAAAAAAAAACUGCAUGUACUUAUCUGUAUAUAUUAUAUUAUAUAUAAUGUGUAUGUAUGAUGUGUAUGGGAGUGUGUGUACUUUCUUUAGUACCAUAGUAUACGAAUUCAUGAUGAGUUAAACAAGAAAUACAAAUAUCUAUAAAUCUAUUUACGAUAGAGUAUCCUUUUGUAAAUAUCACUUAAAAUUAUUUUAUACAAUGUACAUGUCUAUCAUCACAUAUUAUAGGACUAUAACAGAGUUUGUAAACCUUCACUAUAUAUUAUAUUUUAUUGAAUCAUAAAAAUUGGGUAGGAUUCUCAACAUAUUAUACCUACGCUACAGUAAUAUUAUACUCUCAUACGUAUAUUAUUAUUAUUUAUUAUU